GAGGGCCCAGAGCAGGGAGGGAGUGGGCGCUGCUCAGAUGCUGGAGCACGUGGCCCAAGGUGUGGGCCAAAUGCAAACUCUGCAAUUGAGAGUGCUCCAGGGGCGACCUUUUGGCUGGCGGGACCUCCGCGGGGCCCCCUGGCCUGGUCGUCUGGGGGCCAGGGGCCGACCGGGUCAGGGCCCGCCUGAGGGAGAGGCCAAGUCUCACAAGCUUCUUCCCCCUCACAGCCAAAGAGGGUCCCGCAGAAAGACCCCGCAGUCCUGGAGGAGGGGAGUUGCCUCUCAGGCCCUGCCCUGCCGCGGCCGCUCCCGGCCCCGCAUGCGGCGCUGGGAAAGGGGUGUCGGGUUACCAGCGCGGGGGCUCUAGCUAGCCUCGGGAACCUUGCUUUCAGCCGGACUCUGGGGACAGCGCAGCCCCCGCCCGAGCCCUCGGCUCUACCUCCCGCUCGCGGCCUCAGCAACCUUCAGGGUCCAGAUCUCCCUCGAGCCCCCUCGAAACCAGGACUCCAGCGCCACUGGUCCCGCCCUCACCCGGACCCCUGGCCCUCACGUCUCCUCCAGGGAUGGCACUGGCGUCAUUGAUGAUGGCCCUCGGCUGCUUCGGCCUCCACACCUGGCAGGCCCAGGCUGUUCCCAUCCUGCCCCUGGGCCUGGCUCCAGACACCUUUGACGAUGCCUAUGUGGGUUGUGCAGAGGAGAUGGAGGAGAAGGCAGACCCCCUGCUAAAGGCGGAAAUGGCCCACCAUGCCCUGCUGCAGGAAUCCUGGGAGGCAGCCCAGGAGGCCUGGGAGGACAGGCAUCGAGGGCUCACCUUACCCCCCGGCUUCAAAGCCCAGAAUGGAAUAGCCAUUAUGGUCUACACCAACUCAUCUAACACCUUGUACUGGGAGUUGAAUCAGGCUGUGCGGACAGGCGGAGGCUCCCGGGAGCUCUACAUGAGGCACUUUCCCUUCAAGGCCCUGCAUUUCUACCUGAUCCGGGCCCUGCAGCUGCUGCGAGGCAGUGGGGGCUGCAGCACGGGGCCUGGGGAGGUGGUGUUCCGAGGUGUGGGCAGCCUUCGCUUUGAACCCAAAAGGCUGUGGGACUCUGUCCGCUUAGGCCAGUUUGCCUCCAGCUCCCUGGAGAAGGCAGUGGCCCGCAGAUUUGGUAAUGCCACCCUCUUCUCUCUAAUGACUUGCUUUGGGGCCCCUAUCCAGGCCUUCUCUGUCUUUCCCAAGGAGCACGAGGUGCUGAUUCCCCCCCAUGAAGUCUUCUUGGUCACCAGAUUCUCUCAGGAUGGAGCCCAGAGCCUGGUGACUCUCUGGAGCUAUAAUCAGACCUGCAGCCACUUUAACUGCGCCUAUCUGGGUGGGGAGAAGAGGCGGGGCUGUGUGUCUGCACCAGCAGGGGUGCAGCCAGUCACAAUCUGAGGGGGCCUCCUCUCUGCCCCCCUGGAAGACCCUGCUCUCGGCCCCUGGGGAGUUCCAGCUCUCAGGGGUUGGGCCCUGAAAGUCCAACAUCUGCCACUUAGGAGCCCUGGGAACGCGUGACCUUCAUAUGAAGAAGAGGCGCCUCCAACAGCCUUGAGAAGCAAGAACGUGGUUCCAGACCCAGCCCUAGCAGCCUUCUCCCCAACCAGGAUGUGGGGCUGGGGAGGCCAUGGCAGGGCUGAGGGAACUCUGCUAUGUGGUGGGGACUUCCCGGGACAAGCAAGGGAAGUACUGAGGCAGCCACUUGAUUGAACGGUGUUGCAGUGUGGAGACAUGGAAUUUUAUUGAGGUAGCCACUUGAUUAAAAGGUAUUGCAGUGUGGA